UACAGUUCAUUGUCAUUAGCAGACGACUCUCGUAGGGUAAACAAAAAACACCUCGGUCCAGUUAAUGUAGUGUAUUCUCAUAUUUGUGCAAAUUGGGGAUGUCAUUUUUGUAAAAUAAAUACUGUCUGGAGCAAUAAAUUUGAAUUUGAAAUAUUGAUAUCAGCUAUAGUGUUCAAGUAAGGAUAUAACCAUAACCAUGAGUUACCGUCAAAGUAACCAUGCCAAAAAGUCUAAAGGAUUUGGGUUUAUUGGCUUUCAAAUGCCCAGUAGUCGUAAGCGUGCUGGAGCUGCUAUACCUCCUCCACCACAAAACUCGGGUUUUAGCAAGCAAGGUUAUCACACGAUGAAUUCCAUCACUGAAACUGCCCUGUCAGCCAGCUGUGGAGCACCAAAGAAACGCAGUAAAACUGAAGACGAGUACUUUGAUGAUGAUGAUGAUGAUUCGUCGAAACUGGAAUACAUUCCAGCGCCAGGCUCACCUUCGUACCAAGAGCCCGCAAAAAAGAAACUUGAAAGCCAUGAUGACAGUGACAGCGAAGAGGAUCCAUUGGAUGCAUUCAUGGCUGGAAUAAACGCUCAAGUUGAAAGAUAUCAAAACGAUAAUAAGGAUGAUAAAAGUAGAGGUGUUAGAGCAGACAUUGAUGUCGAGGAUGAUGAAGAAAGUUAUUACAGAUAUAUGGAAGAAAAUCCAAAUGCAGGGCUCCAUGCAGAUGACUCUGAUCAAGAAAUUGAAUACGACGAGGAUGGGAAUCCUAUGGCUCCGCUUAAAAAGAAAGAAAUUGAUCCCUUGCCUCCAAUAGAUCACAGUGUCAUUCCUUAUGAGCCAUUUGAAAAGAAUUUUUACAAUGUGCACCAAGACAUUGCGAAUCUCGAUAAACAGCAAAUUGAUGAUUUGAGAAAAGCAUUGGGCAUCAAAGUGACAGGGCCAGCUCCGCCUCAUCCCGUAUCAAGUUUUGGACAUUUUGGGUUUGAUGAGCAUUUAAUCAAGGGCAUACGAAAAUACGAGUACACUCAACCCACUCCGAUUCAGGCACAAGCAAUCCCUGUGGCAAUGAGUGGCCGAGACUUGAUUGGCAUUGCUAAAACAGGUAGUGGUAAAACGGCCGCAUUCGUAUGGCCCAUGUUAAUUCACAUAAUGGAUCAAAAAGAAUUGGCUGAUGGUGAUGGACCCAUAGGACUCGUUCUAGCACCAACCAGAGAAUUGUCGCAACAGAUAUAUCAAGAGGCAAAAAAAUUUGGUAAAGUGUACAAUAUAAGGGUUUGUUGUUGCUACGGGGGUGGCAGCAAGUGGGAACAGAGCAAGGCUUUGGAGGAUGGAGCGGAAAUCGUUGUGGCCACUCCAGGUAGACUAAUUGACUUGGUCAAAAUGAAAGCCACCAAUUUAGAACGAGUUACAUUUUUGGUUCUCGACGAAGCCGAUAGAAUGUUUGACAUGGGUUUUGAGCCACAAGUGAGGUCCAUAUGUAAUCACGUUAGGCCUGACAGGCAAACGUUGCUCUUUAGCGCUACUUUUAAGAAAAGAAUCGAAAAACUUGCCAGAGACGUGUUGACUGAUCCAAUAAGGAUCGUUCAAGGUGAUGUUGGCGAAGCGAAUACAGAUGUAACGCAGCACGUGGUAGUAUUUAACAAUGAUCCCAUUGGUAAAUGGAAUUGGCUUAAUCAAAAUUUAGUCCAAUUUUUAAGUAAUGGCAGUUUGCUAAUAUUUGUCACUAAAAAGUUGAACGCCGAAGAAUUAGCAAACAACUUAAAGUUGAAAGAACACGACGUUAUGUUGCUUCACGGAGACAUUGACCAAAUUGAACGAAAUAAAGUUAUAACUGCUUUUAAAAAGAAACAAGUUGACAUAUUAGUUGCUACAGAUGUCGCAGCUCGAGGUUUGGAUAUUCCUCACGUAAGAACGGUUGUAAACUACGACGUAGCCCGGGACAUAGACACUCACACGCACAGAAUCGGCCGAACUGGUCGAGCUGGGGAAAAAGGUACGGCAUAUACGCUCGUUAACGAAAGGGACAAGGAAUUUGCCGGUCAUCUCGUGAGAAAUCUCGAAGGAGCAAACCAGCAAGUACCAAAAAAUUUGAUGGACUUGGCUCUGCAAAGUAAUUGGUUUAAAAAGUCGAGAUUCAAAAGCGGAAAGGGUAAGCAAGUGACCGUAGGUGGUGCAGGUUUUGGUUUUCGAGGCAAAAGCACGCAAUCUGAGCAGAGCUCGGAAUCAUCGUCAACCUCUCAAGGAUCCAAAGAUAUUAGCCAAGUAGUCAAAACGUUGGAGAAAGCAGGACCAUGCAGCGACCGACUUGCGGCAAUGAAAGCUGCUUUCAGGAGUCAGUACAAUACACAGUUUCGAGCUUCGUCGGAUCACACCUGGGAGCAAACGAUUACACCUUUAUCUGUGAUUAUGCCACCACCUCCGCCUCCGCCAAGCACUCUGCCAACUUCUUCAACACCUUCAAACAGCCAAUCGACCCAAGAAAACUCCAAAGCAGUACAAUCUGAGAAACAGGAUCGAAAAAGUGCCAGGAAAAGUCGGUGGGAGUAAAAGUGGUGUGUGUGUGUGGAAGAAAUAUCUGUUGAUGAUUUUAUCAUUUAUCGUCGUGAAGAAAUAAUUAUAGUAGAUUAUUAUGUUGUAACGACCAUUUUUGUUUUAUAUUUUACUUACAAAAAAUAAUUGUGUAACUAAAGGAGUUGCUUCGUGAUUUUUUCCAUAUUUUGAACGUACAUUACUCCAAAAAAUCAUUAAAAGUCUUGCCCCAUG